AUGGACAUGAUGAAUGAUGAUACAGAAGCAGUUAGACUGCAAACUUUGCAGGCACUGUUUGAUAUGGCAACAUAUGGAUGUUUGAGCAUGCAGGAGAAGCACAUGCACAUGUUCCUUGGCAUAUUGAUGGAUGCCAAUGUUGUAGUUCGAAAUGCAGCACGCAAGAUCCUAGGGCCAGUGAAUCUGCCUAAACUUCAAAUGUUUAAAUCUGCACUUGAUGGUCUCAUUGCAGGUCCGAAGAAAAAUCCGGAGGAUCAAGAUAUAUAUGUCGUUCUGUUUUCCAUUGGCAAGAAUCAUGGGAGCUUUUCAGCCAAUAUAGCCAAACAUUUAGCCAAAGAGGUGUUUCUCCAUUGCUUACUUCCAAUUUUGUCUACAUGCUAA